AUGCGUUGCUUGGAAGGACUGUUUCUCAAAGCUCUGGUUUUCCAGCAUGUUGUCCUGUUCCUGUCACACACUUCUGAAGGCCAAUUCUGGGGAGCUGGACCCUCUCAGACCAUAUCAGCAUUAGUUGGUGAUGAUGUGAUCUUGCCAUGUCGCCUUGAAUCUGCAGCAGAUGUUUUUUACAAAAGUGUGGAGUGGGGGAGACCAGACCUGGAACCCAGAUUUGUCCAUGUGUGGCAUGAAGGCAGAGACUUUCUGUCUAACCAAAAUCCAUCUUACAAAGGAAGGACAUCCGUGUCCAUCGAGAAACUGAGACGUGGAGACCUCUCACUGAGCCUGUCUGCAGUCAAACACUCUGAUAAUGGAAUAUACAGAUGCUACUUUCCACCACUCAGUAAAGAAUACAAUAUCAAGCUUGUUGUUGGCUCCGUCUCCUCGGCUGUGGUAACCGGGGUGAAAUUGAACAGCACUGUUGUGGUUGUACAAUGCAAGUCUAAAGGCUGGUAUCCAGAGCCUGAGGUGUUGUGGCUGGACAGUGAGGGAAACCUCCUCCCUGAUGGAUCUACAGAGACCCUCAGAGGACCUGAUGAUCUCUAUACAGUCAGCAGCAGAGUGACUGUGGAGAAGACAAACAGGGACAGCUUCACCUGUAGAGUCCAACAGAGCACCAUCAACCAAAUCAGAGAUAUACACAUUCAGAUUCCAGAACUAACACACUUCAAUGAAGACAAAGAAAGCACAGUUCAGAAAGAUCUGCUUCUGCAAGACAUCAAAAACAAUGAGCGUGACCGGGUGGUGAACACAUUGAAGGAGCAGAGGAAGAUUCAAGACAUGUUGGAGACACAGAGGAAAAACUUGGAGGAACAAAGAAAGAAGCUGGUGAGUUUCAUAGAAGAACUCAAAGCUCAAGAAAAUCAGAUGGGGACAAAUAUCAUAGAAACUGAGAAGAAGCUUGAGGCAGCUAAGAAGGUAGCAGAACAGGACAAAGGAAAAGGAAACUUUGAACUGAUGGAUAUUAUAUUAGAGGCCAAAAAACAGCUGCAGGCCCGGAAGCACAAAGAUAGUGAAUUGAUAACAGGUGUAUGGAUACUACUGAAUGAAACAGAUAAGUUGCAUCAAAACUUAAAAACUAAAAUAUCUCCAGAAGAGAGAAGUGAUGAUCCUAAUCAGAAAAAGACAGAGUCGCCGGAGUGUGAUGAAAAGGGAAAGUGA